AUGGCUGUUUGCAGUAACAUCCCUGGAAGUUACUCAUGCACUUGCCCAGCUGGUUACCAUGGAGAUGGCAAGAAAAAUGGAACUGGGUGCAUACGUGGCAAGCAUAGACAUUUGCUACCACUGGUAUUUUCUUUAGUUUAUACCGAGGACUUGAAAAAAGAGAGAAAAAGAAAAAAAAAACAGAACUUCUUCAAGAAGAACGGCAGUCUGCUGUUGCAACAGCAAAUUUCUUCAAGCAAAGAAAGUGUAGAAAAAACAAAACUAUAUUCGGUGGAAGAGCUGGAGAAAGCAACAGAUAGUUUCAAUUCAAGUCGAAUCAUUGGUAAGGGAGGCCUCGGCACAGUGUUCAAAGGGAUGCUAUCAGAUGGAAGCAUUGUAGCCAUUAAGAAAUCCAAUACCAUUGAUGAAAAGCAAUUGCCCCAGUUCGUUAAUGAAGUUUUCAUUCUUUCACAGAUCAACCAUAGGCACAUAGUAAGAUUGUUCGGUUGUUGUCUCGAGACUGAAGUACCUUUGCUGGUUUAUGAAUAUGUCUCCAAUGGUACCGUCUCCCACCAUCUUCAUGAUGAGGGCCAUGUAUCUACAAUAUCUUGGAAAAACCGGCUACGAAUUGCGAGUGAAAUUGCUGGAGCCCUUGCUUAUUUGCACUCAUAUGCUUCUAUAGCCAUCUGUCAUAGAGAUAUCAAGUCUAGCAACAUAUUGUUGGAUGAAAACCUCCGGGCAGUAGUUUCUGACUUUGUUUCAAGGUCAAUACGCCUCCACAAAACUAACUUAACUGCAAUGGUACAAGGGACAUUUGGUUACUUGGAUCCUGAUUACUUUCAUUCAGGUCAAUUUACAGAAAAAAGUGAUGUAUAUGCCUUUGGCGUGGUUCUUGGUGAACUUCUGACAGGAGAACAAGCCAUUUCCUUAGAUAGAUCUGAACAAGGUCUAGCAAAUUAUUUUAGAACAGCAAUGAAACAAAAUCGUCUGUUUGAAAUUCUUGACAACCAAGUUGUAAAUGAAGGACAGAAGGAGGAGAUUUUUGCUGUUGCUAAGCUUACUAAGAGAUGCCUAAAGUUGAAUGGGAAAAAAAAGGCCAGCCGUGAAACAAGUUGA